UCGUCGGGAGGAGAAGAUCCCUCCAACGUCCAGCGAGGUGCUCAGUGGUGGCCGUGAGUCGCAGGGUGACACCGCGAAAUAGUCGCCCACAGAGAGUCGCCGCGCUGCGAACCUUGCCCCGACCCCAGUUCGAUUCGCGGAACCGGCUGAACCGUCACCAAAGUGGCUUGACUAGUGUGCAGUGGAUAGACCAAGGAGGAGGAGGAGGAGGUUGACCUGUGGCCGUUGUGCACGGGCGGCGGCGGUUCGUGGUGUGGCCGUUAGGGACGUCAGCCCCCAACAUCAACAACGACGCCUGCCGUUGCUGGACGCAAAGGAUGGCAACUCCACAUUCCUCCGGCGGGGCAGCAGCUGAGCCCAGAGCCAUGCCGGUGCUGUCCAGCCCAGCCAUCGCCGACCGGGUGAAGGCCAAUUGGCGCCUCCUGCACCCGGAGGACCGUGACAACGACGCCGGGGCCGUCACCCUGGAUGACAGCCUCACCAGCCUGCAGUGGCUGCAGAACUUCUCCAUCGCCAACGCCGACCUGCCGAGGCCACCGGGCCAGCAGCAGGGCCGCUCGUGGGCCGCUGCCGGUGGCCCUGGAUGGGGUGACCUGCUCGGGGUGGGAGCCGGCCCACCUGCCUCGCCGACGGCGGGGGACACGGCGGGCAGCACGGGGCCCCGCACGCCGGGCAAACCCGUGAGCGCAGCAGUGAUGGCACAGGAGCAGCAGCAGCAGCAGACGGAGAUCGAUUACAGGACCAACGGAGCGGCCAAGCCACCUUACUCGUACGCCACGCUCAUCUGCAUGGCCAUGCAGGCCAGCAAGAAGAGCAAGGUGACUUUGGCCACCAUCUACAAGUGGAUCACGGACAACUUCUGCUACUACCGCCACGCCGACCCCUGCUGGAGGAAUUCCAUUCGCCACAACCUCUCGCUGAACAAGUGCUUCUCCAAGGUUCCACGGCAGAAGGACGAACCUGGAAAAGGGGGAUUCUGGAGCAUCAACCCCCAGUAUGCAGAUGUGGUGGCCAACGGGCUGCUGAGGAGGCGGCGAAUAAGCACGGCGCGCUGGGCCAACAACCCCAUCUCGGCCAACAAACCAGGCCCAUACGGCCUCCCGCAGGCAUCGUUAGAAAGCCGUUCGCCCUCAGAUCUGCACGCCCACCAGGACUGCCACAAUGGCGAUGCCGCCGCCUCCUUCCAGCACUUUCACAGCGAGCGCAAGAAUAGGCCAGAGGUGGCACUAAGCAAUAGGCAGUUUUUGGCACAGGAGGAGCAAAAGGACCUUGGCUCGCUAAAGGGCAGCUUCGACUGGCAGUCGGUGCUGCACGACGUAUUUGGCUCAGGCAGCGGCGACAGCGGUGACAGCGGAGACGCCUACGCAGCGGGAGAGUUCGAGGCGUCGUUUGCGCACGCCGACAUCGACCUGACGGUGCACGGUCGGCACAUCAACCCGCCGCCCGAGUGGUGCCAGCACGCCCUGGAGCAAGUCGACCUGAGGGCUCACGCUCCUACAUUUGACGAGGAGCUGUCACUCGCGAUCAGCUCUCUUCGCCACCCUUGGGAGGAAGACGCCGAGGAGUUCCUGACAACGACAGUCAGUUUCGACGAGGUUUUUGAUUUUGCGAGCUUCCCAGGACAUGCCUCACUGUGGGACAGGCCAGAGGCCCUGCUGUGAUUUAGUCCUCCUGGUGGUUUUUUUAUUUAAAAAACAACAUACAAUGUGAACUCUAAAACAUAAAACUUUCUGCAGACUUAAACACACGCAUAUACACUAAAUGAGAUCUAAGACACUACUCUCUUGUUUUGCAGUAUUUUGAUAACAGAAAACUUGUUUGAAUGCAUGAUGCUUAUUUUUAAUAUAAUUGUUUUCUUGGGAAAGAGGUGUGCCUACAUUUGAACUGAAGAUUUGUAUUGUUUUAAUUACAUUGUUGAAUUACAUUGUGAUUUUAGUUGCAUUUUUAUUUCUCUUCAAUUUUCUUUAUAAACAAUGAAAUAAGAUGCAAAUGUAACAGAUUUUAGUAGAGCGUAUUAUACUAUUGUAUAACAAUUUUGACUUCUUUUUUUAAUUGACCAUAUUGCUAACAGUCUUUUGCACUGUAACUCAUUUAUGCAUUCCAUGAGCAUUACUAACCGAAUGGCGGUCGCCAGGAUUUUAAGAGGCACUUGGGAAAGGGCAGUAGGUUUCUUCAUUGGGUUGGUGUUUUCAGCUGUAGGAUGCAAUAUCCUUGAAGGACUGGAAAUCAGUGGCAGAUAAUGCAUUGUGUAUGAGGGAAUGGUUGUGGGUCUGCUGAUGUUAUGAAGAAUGAACGGAGGAUUGUGGGUAAUUUGCUGUUGUACCAAACUGUAGCAAUCCAACCUGGUGACAACCCUGUAGGCGUAAUGACGUAAUAAGAAUCUGGAACCAAGGUAGGGCCGUUGUGUUAACCUAUAACAAAAUGUAAAAUAUAUAUAUAUAAAAAGGUGUGGAUAUGUAAGCUAAAAUUGUCAACAAUAUACUAUGCUGAUAUUGGGUCACAGAAACUGUUAAUUUUAUAUCCUGAAGUGGCUCAAACAUUGGUCACUGUGAAAUCGUUUUAAAGUAAUUUUGACAAUGCAACAAUGAUUGUAAAAUAUUCUCUUUUUUCACAUUGUUUUACUGGAUUGUAAUUUUAUAGUCAUCGCAAUUGAUCUGGAUGCCUGUUAUUACAAAAAAAGAUUACAAUAAUGAUUCCUAAAUAUAAGACAUUCUGUCCAAAAGACAUGGAGAAAAGACCCCCAACAUCUUCGGUGUUUACUGGAACAGUCAUUUAUUGAAGACAAACUUUUGGAUGAUAUAUAUGUAAAAAAAAAACACUUUACAGAGUUCUAUGGAGAGAGUGAAAAGAUAAUUUUUCUAAUGUGCUGAUGGAAUCCAUGGUGUGGAAACGGAUUGUGCUGUCACGCCUGAAUGCUGAGAAUUAUUAAAGUAGAGAGUUACAUGGCUGAGUCAUAUGAGGCAUGUUUGCUGUUCACUUUCCAUGGAAUAAAAAGGAAAGGUAAUAAAAAGUGAUGGAAAAGAG